CCCAACGCUAGUUUGUGAAGUGAUUUCCUCUGGAGCACAACUAUAUUAUUUCCGCAUCGGAGUGAACAAAAAUGAGUAAAUUGUUGAAACUAGGUUUUCUUGGCGGAGGCAAGAUGGCUCAAGCUAUGGCCAACGGUUUCAUCUCUGCUGGACUUACACGAGGAGAUAGCAUGACGGCCAGCUUUCAUCCCUCUGAUCUUGCUAACAUCGAAGCGUUCAAAGCGUUCGGAGCCAAAACACACGUCGAGAACCUGCCGGUAGUGAGCGAUUCCGAGAUCAUCUUCAUCUCCGUCAAGCCCACGGUCGUCGAGAGCGUUUUGCAGGCCGUCCGUCCCGCUAGUGCUGGUAAACUAUUCAUAUCGAUCGCGAUGGGCGUAACGUUGCGCGAGCUAGAAAAUUCGCUCGAGUCUACGGCUCGCGUGAUACGAGUGAUGCCAAACACGCCGGCACUGGUACGUGCCGGUGCAUCUGUGUACGUCCGCGGUUCUGCCGCCACCGAUGACGAUUGCAAGGUGACGCAGGCACUCUUCCAAGCCGUGGGAACCUGCGAGGAAGUGCCGGAAACUAUGAUGGAUCCCAUCACGGCCCUGUCCGGCAGUGGACCCGCGUACGUGUUCGUGAUGAUAGAAGCAUUGGCUGACGGAGCGGUACGCAUGGGAUUGCCGCGCGAUCUAGCCUAUCGAUUGGCAUCGCAAACGGUGCUCGGAUCCGGAAAGCUGGUACGCGAAACCGGACGCCAUCCGGGACAGCUGAAGGACGACGUGACGAGUCCGGCCGGUUCGACGGCUGCCGGUCUGUCCCAUCUGGAGCAGAGCGCCUUCCGACACGCUGUCAGCGGAGCGGUAGAAUCGGCCACUGUUCGUUGCCGUCAAAUUUCCAGCAAGUGACACAACAACAGCAUCAAUCAUCACCGUUUAUAUCCUUU